AUGAGUUGGUCGAGGGAGGAGAGAGAGGGGGGAAUCCCUCCCUCCAGAUGCACUUCGUCUGGGAAAUAUGACAGUCUGAUCCAAGCUAAGAGUCCAGUGCAGCAAGAGGGAGCUGAAUCCUCCACACCCAGCUGUGUCUCCAUGAAGAGUGACUCAUCCAUGGAACCACCAUUUACUUUUACAAUGCAUUCUCCUGAAGCAAAUGAAGAGGUUCUGCAAGAGAGGGAAGAGUCGCCCACACCCAGCUGUGUGUCCAUGAAGAGUGACGAGUCUAUGAAAUCACCUCUUGCUUUCCAAAAGCAUUUUCCUGAGAUAAAAGUUCACCAGGAGACGUUACAGGUUCCCUGUGAUCAACCUGCCCUGACACAUCAAGUGGAAUUGAACUCCAUAUUUAUGCUGCUUGAGGAGAACAUGGUCUCCUUUGUGAAGAGUGAGCUGCAGAAGUUCCAGAAGUUCCUGAGAGCAGAUAACGCUGAAUGCUUAGAGUGGCAGUGCAAAGAUGAGGGGGCAGUGAACAGUGAAGAGGAAAAACGGGAAAAAAGCAGCCAAGAAGCAUUUUUGAAGAUCACAAUUAACUUCCUAAGGAGUAUGCAGCAAGAGGAGCUGGCUGAUACGCUGCACAACAAAAGUCUUGCCACACUUUGCCAGCGCAACCUCAAAUCUCAUCUGAAGGACAAGUUUCAGUAUUUGUUUGAGGGGAUUCCUAAAGAAGGAAACCCUACACUUCUGAAAGAAAUCUACACAGAACUCUACAUCACAGAAGGACGCAGUGUGGAGCUCAAUGAUGAACAUGAGAUUAGACAGAUUGAAGCAGCAUCCAGGAAAUCAUCAGUGCUGGAAACAGCUAUCAGAUGCGAAGACAUCUUUCAACCAUUGCUCAGAAAAGAUAAACCAAGCAGAACAGUGAUGACAAAAGGAGUGGCUGGCAUUGGGAAAACUGUCCUAACCCAUAAAUUCACUCUGGACUGGGCUGAAGACAAAGCCAACAAAGACAUACAGUUCACAUUUCCAUUUACAUUCAGAGAGCUGAAUCUGCUGAGUGGAAAAAACUACAGCUUAGUGGAACUUCUUCAUCUCUUCUUUAAAGAAACCAAAGAAGCAGAAAUACACACCAUUGACAAGUUCAAGGUCGCGUUCAUCUUUGAUGGUCUGGAUGAGUGUCGACUUCCUCUGGACUUCCAGAGUAACAUGAUCCUGACUGAUGUUACAGAGUCAACCACAGUGGACGUGCUGCUGACAAACCUCAUCAGGGGGAAACUGCUUCCCUCUGCCCGCCUCUGGAUUACCACACGGCCCGCUGCAGCCAAUCAGAUCCCUGCUGACUGUGUUGACAUGGUGACAGAGGUGAGAGGGUUCACUGAACCACAGAAGGAGGAGUACUUCAGGAGAAGAUUCAAAGAGGAGGAGCAGGCCAGCAGGAUCAUCUCCCACAUCAAGGCAUCACGAAGCCUCCACAUCAUGUGCCACAUCCCGGUCUUCUGCUGGAUCAUUGCGACAGUUCUGGAGGAUGUGUUGAAAACCAGUGAGAGAAGAGAGCUGCCCACGACUCUGACUGAGAUGUACACACACUUUCUGGUGGUUCAGUCCAAACUGGCAAAUGUCAAGUAUCAUGAAGCAGCUGAGACAGAUCCACUGUGGAACACAAAGACCAGCAAGAUGAUUGUUUGUCUGGGAAAACUGGCUUUUGAGCAGCUGCAGAAAGGCAACCUCAUCUUUUAUGAAGCAGAUCUCAGAGAGUGUGGCAUUGAUAUCAGAGCUGCCUCUGUGUACUCAGGCGUGUUCACGCAGAUCUUUAAAGAGGAGCAAGGGCUGUACAAAGAGAAGGUUUUCUGUUUUGUUCAUCUGAGCGUUCAGGAGUUUCUGGCUGCCUUUUACGUCUUCCUGACUUUCAUCAACACUGGUGUUAAUAUACUGACAGAAACACAAUCCGUAUCCACAUGGUCAACACUGCUAAAAAGAAAAUCCAGACUAACACGUCUCUACGAAAGUGCAGUCGAUGAGGCUUUACAGAGCCCGAACGGACACCUGGACUUGUUCCUCCGCUUCCUCCUGGGCCUUUUACUGGAGCAAAAUCAGAGUGCCUUUGAAGGCCUGCUUAAAAACAAAGGAUGUAGCACAGAGACCAGUCAGGAGACAGUCCAGUACAUCAAGAAGAAGAUCAGGAAGAACCCCUCUCCAGAGCGAUGCAUCAACCUGUUCCACUGUCUGAAUGAGCUGAAUGAUCAUUCUCUAGUGGAGGAGAUCCAACAGUACCUGCUUUCAGGAAGUUUGUCCACUAACAAUCUGUCUCCUGCUCAGUGGUCAGCUCUGGUCUUCAUAUUAUUGUCAUCACAGAAAGAAUUGGACGUAUUUGACUUAAAGAAAUACUCUGCUUCAGAGGAAGGUCUUUUCAGGCUGAUGCCAGUGGUCAAAGCUUCUAAUACAUCUUUGCUGAGUGGCUGCAUGUUGUCAUGGAGAAGCUGUGAACCUCUCGCCUCAGUUCUCAGUUCACAGUCCACUAAUCUGAGAGUGCUCGACCUGAGUAACAAUGAACUGCACGACGUAGGACUGAAGCUACUCUCUGCUGGACUGAUGAGCCCAAACAGUAGACUGCAAACGCUCAGGUUAACUCAAACCAGCUUCACAGAGGCCUGGUGUCAGGAACUCCCAACAGUUCUCAGAUCCUCCAAUUUGAAAGAGCUUGACCUCAGUAACAACAACCUGCAGGAUUCAGGAGUGACACUGCUUUCUCCUGGACUGGAAAGUCCAGAGUGUACACUGACAACAUUCAGGCUCAGUCAUUGUAAGCUGUCAGAGAGAAGCUGUGAAGUUUUGGCCUUAGCUCUCAGCUCUGUGUCCUCCUGUCUGAAAGAACUGGACCUGAGUCACAACAAUCUGCAGGAUUCAGGAGUGAAGCUUCUAUCCACUGGAUUAGCGAGUCCACACUGUACACUGCAAACGCUCAGACUCAGUGGCUGUGAGCUGACAUGGAGAGGUUGUGAAGCUCUGCCCUCAGUUCUCAGCUCACAGUCCUCUAACCUGAAGGAGCUGGACCUGAGUAACAAUAACUUGGAAGAUGCAGUAGUGCAGUUGCUCUCCGUUGGACUAGAGCAUCCACACUGCACACUGGAAACUCUCAGGUUGAAUCAGACCAGCCUCACAGAGAGCUGCUGUAAUGGAUUUGCAUCAGUUCUCAGCUCCCAGUUCUCCAGUCUGAGAGUGCUGGACCUGAGUAACAACGACUUACAGGAUAAAGGAGUCAACCAGCUUUCUGCUGGACUGGAGAGUCCACACUGUACACUUGAAACUCUUAGGAUGAGCAUGUGCAAGCUGUCGUGGAUGAGCUGUGAAGCUUUGUCCUCAGCUCUCAGCUCCCACUCCUCCAGUCUGAGAGAGCUGGACCUGAAUAAUAACCACCUGCAGGAUUCAGGAGUCAAGCUGCUUUUUGCAGGACUGAAGAAUUCACACUGUAGACUGAAAUGUCUUCGGCUGAGUGGCUGUCAGCUGUCGUGGAGAAGCUGUGAAGCUCUGUCCUCAACACUCAGCUCCCAGUCAUCCGAUCUGAGGGAAGCAGAUCUGAGUAAAAAUGACCUGCAGGAUUCGGGGGUAAAGCUACUCUCUGCUGGACUACGGAGUUCAAAAUGCAACCUUGAAGUCCUCAGCUUGUCAGGCUGUCAGGUCACAGAGAAAGGCUGUUCUUCUCUGGCCUCAGCUCUGAGCUCCAACCCCUCUCAUCUGAGAGAGCUGGACCUGAGCUACAACCAUCCAGGACACUCAGGGGUGAAGGUACUUUCUGCUGGACUGGAGGAUCCACAGUGGAGACUGGACACUCUCAGGAUACACCAUAGGGGAGAGCAGAGGUUGCAACCUGGUCUGUUAAAGUAUGCCUGUGAACUCACACUGGACCCAGACACGGCACACAGAAAGCUUAUACUGUCUGAGAACAAGAAAGAAGUUACGUUAGUGACAAAAAAGCAGCCACGUCCUUAUCACCCAGAGAGAUUCGACUACUGGAAACAGCUGCUGUGUACGGACGGUUUGACUGGCUGCUGUUACUGGGAGGUAGAAAGGGUAGGCGGGGUUUAUAUGGGGGUUACUUACCGAGGAAUUGGAAGAAGUGGGAAGGGUGAUGACUGCAGGCUUGGAUGGAAUGAAACGUCCUGGACUCUGUUCUGCUCUGACGAGGGUUACUCUGCAUUUCACAAUGACAGAGAAAUAGAUUGUGCUGCCCCCUCCCGUUCAAACAGAGUGGCAGUGUAUCUUGACUGGCCUGCUGGCACUCUGUCCUUCUACAGAGUCUCUUAUGGCACACUGGAUCACCUCCACACCUACUACUGCAGAUUCACCGAACCCCUCUAUCCUGCGUUUAGGUUGGGGUGGUCUGGCUCCUCAGUCAGCGUGUUUACAGGCAUUUAAGUAACCUGGUAAUGCUUAAAAACAAAAAACCUGGUUUCCUUAAUGAGUGAAAUAUAUUCAAAGCUACCUGAGCCCCGUUUCCAGAUGGAGCCAUGCCAUUGUUCCAACAACCCAUUAUUCCAACACCUCAAUAGUCAAAAAUCUAUCCCACUGGACUGUAAACCCAUUUGUCCGACACCCAUUGCUCCAAAAGACCACACUGUAAUCAUCUAACUGUAGUCGGACUCGCCAGAUGUAGACUAUUGGGAUUAGCCUGCCACUGGUCACCUAUUCCAGACUCUGCUAUUCAUUUUGCAUGGGCAUUAUUGCUGCAUCAUGGGCUUAGCACUGCCCAAGAGGAUUGUGAUCAGUUUAAACUAUUGCAAAUAAUCCCUAAUCCCAGGUGCAACCAGACCUUUUCUCCAGCACUGCGACAGCACUGUGGAGAAAGUUAUGGCUAUUCGAUCCUACUCUGCCAAACAGAAGCACCUGUCUAAUUGC